UACCCCUGAGGUCGUCCUGGGUCAUGACUUGCGCCUACGCUCCCUCCGGAAACUACGUUGCUUGUGGCGGCCUGGACAACAUCUGCUCCAUCUACAACCUCAAAACCCGGGAGGGGAACGUCCGGGUCAGCCGGGAGCUCCCAGGGCACACGGGCUACCUCUCCUGCUGCCGCUUUCUUGACGAUAACCAGAUCAUCACCAGCUCUGGAGACACAACUUGCGCCCUGUGGGACAUCGAGACGGGCCAGCAGACCACGACCUUCACGGGCCACAGCGGGGACGUCAUGUCCCUCUCCCUGUCCCCCGAUAUGCGCACCUUCAUCUCCGGCGCCUGCGACGCCUCCAUCAAGCUGUGGGACAUCCGGGACAGCAUGUGCCGGCAGACGUUCACGGGGCACGAGUCCGACAUCAACGCCGUCUGUUUCUUCCCCAACGGGAACGCCUUCACCACGGGCUCGGACGACGCCACUUGCCGCCUCUUCGACCUGCGGGCCGACCAGGAGCUCAUGAUGUACUCCCACGACAACAUCAUCUGCGGCAUCACCUCGGUGGCCUUCUCCCGCAGCGGCCGCCUCCUGCUGGCCGGCUAUGACGACUUCAACUGCAACAUCUGGGACUCCAUGAAGGGCGACCGGGCAGGCGUCCUCGCCGGCCACGACAACCGCGUCAGUUGCCUGGGCGUAACGGACGACGGAAUGGCCGUCGCCACCGGCUCUUGGGACAGCUUCUUGAAAGUCUGGAACUGACCCCCUUCGCACCUGCUCUGCAUUUGGGGGGUGGGAUGGGGUGUGGAG